AUGUCCCGUGACGUGUUGCUGGAGCUCGUCUCGAAACGUUAUCCCGACGCCAGCCAGAGCGGUGCCCCCAAUCCUAGUUGCGGCACGCUUGCUGCCGGCCGCCGUGAUGUUUUCCCAGAUGGAAGAAUAAAGCCGGAGACGGGAAGCGUACGUGGAAAAAGUGAGGAGGAUCUCACGAUCGUCGUCGACCAAUCAGAUGUCGGCAGUGGCCCGUAA